ACCGGCCAUCUCCUGCAUCUCCACCGCAUUAGCAGGCUCCACACGUCUCACGUCUCACCGGCCACUCAUCCAGGGCAAGAAGCAUCCAGCCCCGCAGCUACCGGGCUGCUGCGGGUCCAAAAACCCGCCCCAGCAGGGCUCACAGUGAUGGGGACCCUUCAGGCCCCCUUCAAAACCAAGAG